AUGUCACGGUCUCUGUCCAACCUUUUGGAUUAUUAUUUGCUGCAGGUUGUCCACACAAACCCCACAUCAGUUGACCAAAACUGGGUGCUGCUCGAGGAAAGCGCCGCGCGGAGAGCAUCGUUGACAGCGGGUCGCCGACCUCGCGUCUCAUUUGGAGCCAGCGGAAAGCGAGCGGAUGAACGCACAAGCUGCCGCCUGCCCGCGCAAUUGAGACUCGAUGGGGAUUUAUCCCGCCAGGCCGGAACGCCAAUAGCGUUCGAGGGCAAGGACUACUUUUUGGGUGAAGAUCGCGUACUCGCACACUACGCCACUGGUACGAGCUCCUAUAUCUGGUAG